AUGCGUGGGUUGGUACGAGGUGCGUUAGGUGUUAGCGUUGUUAUUGAUGGCGUAACGAUAUAUUUCUCGUCGCGCGAUUUGGCGUCAGGCGGCUCAACAAAGUUUAGUGAAGCACUGUACAGGCUUGCAGAUUUCAAGGAGAGUGAAUUGGGCCAGAUCAUGUCGCGAAUUGAUCGGAAUUAUUCUCUGCUGGAGGGAUAA